GGCGCCGCCGCCGCGCUCCGGCUCCGACUCCGGCUCCGACUCCGACUCUGGGUCGGUUCGGUGCGCGCCGCGGCCAUGCAGCGCCGGGGCGCCCUGUUCAGCAUGCCGGGCGGUAGCGGUGGCAGGAAGAUGGCUGCAGGAGACAUCGGCGAGCUGCUCGUGCCGCUCAUGCCCACGAUUCGAGUACCCCGCUCCGGGGACCGGGUUUACAAGAACGAGUGCGCCUUCUCCUACGACUCCCCUAAUUCUGAAGGUGGACUCUAUGUCUGCAUGAACACCUUUUUGGCCUUUGGAAGGGAACAUGUUGAAAGACAUUUUCGAAAAACUGGACAGAGUGUAUACAUGCACCUGAAAAGACAUGUGCGAGAGAAGGUAAGAGGGGCAUCUGGUGGUGCUUUACCAAAAAGGAGGAAUUCCAAGAUAUUUUUAGAUCUGGAUACUGAUGAUGAUUUAAAUAGCGACGAUUAUGAGUAUGAAGAUGAAGCCAAACUUGUCAUAUUCCCAGACCACUAUGAAAUCGCACUGCCCAAUAUUGAGGAGUUGCCAGCCCUGGUAACAAUUGCAUGUGAUGCAGUUCUCAGCUCAAAAUCUCCAUAUAGAAAACAGGACCCAGACACAUGGGAAAAUGAAUUGCCAAUAUCUAAAUAUGCCAAUAAUCUCACCCAACUGGACAAUGGAGUUAGGAUUCCUCCAAGUGGUUGGAAGUGUGCCAGGUGUGACCUGCGGGAGAAUCUCUGGUUGAAUUUGACUGAUGGCUCCAUCCUGUGUGGAAAGUGGUUCUUUGACAGCUCCGGGGGUAACGGGCACGCGCUGGAACAUUACAGAGACAUGGGCUACCCUCUGGCAGUGAAGCUGGGAACCAUCACUCCUGAUGGGGCAGAUGUUUAUUCAUUUCAAGAAGAGGAGCCCGUGUUGGAUCCUCACUUGGCCAAGCACUUAGCGCAUUUUGGAAUCGACAUGCUGCACAUGCAUGGGACAGAGAAUGGGCUCCGGGACAAUGACAUCAAGCCCAGGGUGAGCGAGUGGGAAGUGAUUCAAGAGUCGGGCACGAAGCUGAAGCCCAUGUACGGCCCCGGGUACACGGGUCUCAAGAACCUGGGCAACAGCUGCUACCUCAGCUCCGUCAUGCAGGCCAUCUUCAGCAUCCCAGAGUUCCAGAGAGCGUAUGUAGGAAACCUUCCCAGAAUAUUUGACUACUCACCUUUAGAUCCAACACAAGAUUUCAAUACACAGAUGACUAAGUUAGGACACGGCCUCCUUUCAGGCCAGUAUUCAAAGCCUCCAGUGAAAUCUGAACUCAUUGAGCAGGUGAUGAAGGAGGAGCACAAGCCUCAUCAGAAUGGGAUCUCUCCACGCAUGUUUAAGGCCUUUGUAAGCAAGAGCCACCCAGAAUUCUCCUCCAACAGACAGCAAGAUGCCCAGGAGUUUUUCUUGCACCUGGUGAAUCUCGUGGAGAGGAACCGCAUCGGCUCAGAAAACCCAAGUGAUGUUUUUCGGUUUCUGGUGGAAGAACGUAUCCAGUGCUGUCAGACCCGAAAAGUCCGCUACACAGAGAGGGUGGACUACCUGAUGCAGCUCCCUGUGGCCAUGGAAGCAGCGACCAACAAGGAUGAACUGAUUGCCUAUGAAUUAACAAGAAGGGAAGCAGAAGCGAACAGAAGGCCCCUUCCGGAGCUGGUGCGAGCCAAGAUACCAUUUAGUGCCUGCCUUCAGGCCUUUUCUGAACCCGACAAUGUUGAUGAUUUCUGGAGCAGCGCCCUGCAAGCCAAGUCUGCGGGUGUAAAAACAUCUCGCUUUGCCUCAUUCCCUGAAUACUUGGUAGUGCAGAUAAAGAAGUUCACUUUUGGUCUUGACUGGGUUCCCAAAAAAUUUGAUGUUUCCAUUGACAUGCCGGACCUGCUUGAUAUCAACCAUCUCCGAGCAAGGGGGCUCCAGCCAGGAGAGGAAGAACUUCCAGACAUCAGCCCUCCAAUAGUCAUCCCUGAUGACUCAAAAGAUCGCCUGAUGAACCAGUUGAUAGAUCCAUCAGACAUUGAUGAGUCGUCGGUGAUGCAGCUGGCUGAGAUGGGCUUCCCUCUAGAGGCGUGUCGGAAGGCUGUGUACUUUACUGGAAAUAUGGGAGCUGAGGUGGCCUUCAACUGGAUCAUUGUUCACAUGGAAGAACCAGAUUUUGCAGAACCACUGACAAUGCCUGGUUAUGGAGGGGCAGCUUCUGCUGGAGCCUCUGUUUUUGGUGCUACUGGGUUGGAUAACCAACCGCCAGAGGAAAUUGUAGCUAUCAUCACCUCCAUGGGAUUCCAGCGAAGUCAGGCCAUUCAGGCACUACGAGCAACGAGUAAUAACCUAGAAAGAGCGCUGGAUUGGAUCUUCAGCCACCCAGAGUUUGAAGAGGACAGUGACUUUGUGAUUGAGAUGGAGAAUAAUGCCAAUGCAAACAUUAUUUCUGAGGCCAAGCCUGAAGGACCCAGAGUUAAAGAUGGAUCUGGAAUGUAUGAAUUAUUUGCAUUCAUCAGUCACAUGGGAACAUCUACAAUGAGUGGCCAUUAUGUUUGCCAUAUCAAAAAAGAAGGAAGAUGGGUGAUCUACAAUGACCACAAAGUUUGUGCCUCUGAAAGGCCCCCUAAAGACCUGGGCUACAUGUAUUUUUACCGCAGAAUACCCAGCUAAAUCUCGGACAUACAAUUUGGCGAGAAGAAGCCAUAUACCUUUUUAAUUUGCCAAGGGGGAAGAAAAAAAAGAGAUUGGGACAACCAGAUAUGAAGGAAAUGAAGGAAUACAUGGGGUAUUUAUAACUUACUAAAAGAGCAAGAUCAUUUGACACCUCCUGAAAUACAACUGGGAAGAAAGUUCUAUUAGUGACAAUACAUUGUUGUAGAUAGUUUUUAUAAAUGUUCAAGGAGGGGAGGAUAUUAAAAAAAAAAGUAUUCUUGUUGCUGGUGAGGCAUCUUCCAUUGGCAAACUCUAAGUGGCCCCAUGGUCCCAGCCCUCGAUCUUGCUUUGGGACCCAGUAGCAGUGGUUUUCAGAAAAAUCAGUAUGGUAGGUGGUGUGGCCUCACCCACAGUACGAAAAAAGCCCACUUUUGUUUCCUAAAGAAAAUCGGUAACUGGGCUGGGCUUUUUGUGACUUUUUUUUUCAUUGCACACAGUAAUUUCGAUCUACCCUUGUAUAAUAGAGCUUUGGCAAUGAGAGGUAUUUUUAAUUUAAAUCAUAUCAAACUUCAUGAUACAGUUGUGUGAGUGUAUGUGUGAAUGAGUCCGGAUGAGUGUGUGAGACCUAUGUAGUUCCCUAGAAAAUCUGUGAGGAGUUGACUUUGAAAGGCUAAAUAGUUGGUGUUCGACAUAUCUAGAAAAGGCAAGUAAAUAUUUUAACAAAACUACAACUCAGGAACAGUUUAAAAAAUUAGUUCCCCACCUAGAAUUUGAAGGAGUGAUGAGGGUUGCAUUAUGCCUGGUAUUGCUAUCAAGGGCUGGCCUGGUGCGAGGCCAGAAGUCCAUAGCAGUGCAGCAUGGUAUUCUGUCAAAGGUAGACGCGCUGCACUUUUCAGCAGCCCUUUCUCAAAAAGUAGAAGGUUUGAUUUUAGUGAGAGGAGCUCAGCUCUUCUUGCCUUAGCACAUGAGGACUGCUUGGAGUCAUGGUCAACGCCUACAUUUGUCUGUAGUCUUCCCAGAGCUGAACUCUGUGCUGGCUUUUCACCUCCUGGCCUGCCUUGACUGCUUCUCUGCCUCUGGCCAACAGUUGGAUCUUGGACUCUUUAAGGAGUUCAGCUGCAAAGAAACAUAUGCAGCAUUAUGAAGGAGCAUCCUUUCUAUUUCGGUUAUCUGGUUAUUUUAGUCUUACAAUUUGAGAUUAGAUCAGGAUUUCAAAUGAGAUGAUAAGUACAGCCAUAACAUUCUCUGACUUUCCCACUGUUCUACUCCAGAUUCCAGAAUCUCUGGAAGCUCUAUUUUAGAUGAUUCAGACAAAUGGAAAAGGAUUUAUUUCUGUCUGUCUAGCAUAUAUUUGGUUGAAAGGAUCUUUCUAGAAACUGUAGGAAAAUAACAGAACCAAUGGCUGAAUUAAAGCAAGACACUGGAUUAAUAUGUGGUGAAUUGUAAAUAAUCAGGGCUCUGGGCCCCUGUCACAAUAGUUUUCCUAUAUCAUGUUUGUGGGGCCUCUGGCCUAGAGACCUGGGUGCUGCCCCUUGGGAAAACCUCGUAUCCUCCUUGUGCCUCAUUUUUUUUUCCCCAUCUGUACAAUGGUGUGAUAACACGAGCCCUCUCUUCCCAAUUGUGCUUUGAAGCUGCAGUGAGAUUUGACACAACAAGCCCUCCAGGAGCAGGAGGUGGUGUGCGCUGGUGGAUUCCAGUAGAGCAUGCUCCUUGUCUUCUCCCAUCUGAUAUGUUCUUCCAUUGGAGACAAGUGAGAUGGGCAGAAGCGAGGAGCUCAUGGUGCAGUCAAUCUCUACUCCACUGUGCCCACGGUGUCACCGUCUCCUGUUACCUGGGGAUUCUGAAGCAGUCUUGCUCUGUAACGGGAAUCCCUGGCUCCGGGGGGAAUCCCCAUGUUAAGCAGCCUUACAAAUUCUAGUCCAUUUGGGCUGAGUAUCAUAGAACAAAGACUCUGAAUACAUAUCAAAAAUGGUUUGUUUUCAGUGAUGUUAGGAGACAAAGGCCUUUUUUGAGGGGGAGGGAAGGGUGGUUGGGGACUUGGAUUGAAACUUGGAAAAAGAUAGCAUGUGUAUUUUGAACAAAAAUUUUUAAGGAAACCUCACUGUAAAAUCAGUACGUAAGAUGAUAUACUACAAAUUAUUUAAUUUCCCUAAGUAGAAAAGGAAAUGUAGCCCUUCUAAUGCCUGCACAUAUUAUAAGAAAAAGAUUUUGGCUGCCUUUUUUUCUGCCUCACAAAACAAAGGGCUAUUUCUACAAGGCUCAACUUGUCCAUGUGAGAGUCUAUUUCAUAUUGAGAGUUGGGGAAAAAACUGGAGCAAACACCUGGUUUCUUUCUUGCUUAACAAUGUGUUUGUGUAUCAUCAUAUAAGCAGAUUUCCCUGGAAUAAACGUCUGGAAUGUUUUGCUUCAUUUUAUAUACAUGUGUGUAGUUGAGAUCAUUUGUGACUGAAAACUGGAUUACUGUGUGGAUUGUCAUCCGACGAUCAGCCCAUUAGGAGUUCCUGCCAAAAGGCGUGAUGGUAAAAUUGUGAAGUCCUCACUGUGUGUAGGUGUCUGCGUGAGAGACAGCAGUUUCUUCUUGUACAUAUCUUUUGGUAUCCAUUUGUAGAAUCCCAAUGAAUGUGUCUCUGAAAAAUGUGAUGUAUCAAAGUUUUUAUUUUGUCAACUGACCUGAAUAUCCAUGUAAACAAUUCUGAAAUGCUCCUUGGUUCAUUGUCUCUCUCAAGAAUAACAACAACAGACAAUCUAUGUGAAACACCCUCUUAGAAAAGCCUCAACACAGCCUUCAGGUGCAUCUAUAACUUUUAGCAGGAUAUCUGCACUUUCUCAAUCAGUGGCAGCGUGUAAGUGCUGAUAGAGUUGUCUGUUUCGGCAGGAAUGUCCUGUGCAUCAGACAGAGAAGGCUGUUGUGAAGUCCCAUCAUCACUACAGGCUAUCUGUGGGGAGCAGGCAGGGAGCAGAGCAGGACUGGAAGGUGGAAUUAGAGAAAAUGUGAUUUUGCCUUUUACUUGAGAUCAAAAACCUGAGCUUACAGAACAAGGUUCUGUGCUCUUUGGUUGGUACACACGUUUCAUGCAGUGUCAAGGAAAUGUCCUAUUUAGUAACUCAUUCUGCAAAAAUUUGCCCAAAAGUCUAUAGAUUUGUGCUAUUCAGUGUGGUAGUUAAUAACCACAUGUGACGAAUGACCGCUGGACAUGGAGCCUGUCCAUAUUUUACAUGCAAAAUAUGCCACAUCUUAGCGAUAUGGCACCUUAAAAAGCAUAAAAUAACUCACAGUAUUUUAUAUUGAUUUUAUAUUAUAUUUUAUAUUGAUUACAAGCUGGAAUUAAAUCAUUUUGGACUAAUAAUUGGCUAAAAUAUGAAUACAUUUAAUAAAUGUUAAAAUUAUUUUAUUAUUAUUAAAUUAUUUUAUUAUUUUUGUUUUUUCUAAUGUGACUACUAAAAAGCAUUAAAUUGGGCACGUGUCUAACACUGCAUUCUUAUUGGGUGGUACUGCUGGUGGAUUUACAUGAUGUGGAUAAGGCAGUGGAUGGGAAUGAAAUUCUAUGAUGCAUCCAAAUAAGCAGAAGGAACACAAAUAGUUUUACAGGAGUCAGAAUGCUGUAUUGCACAGAAUUUCUCUUAGAAAGCCAGUCUGUGAACUAAAAACCGGUAUAUAAGAUCUCAAU